AUGGGUAUAGAGGUUGGAUAUGAUGGUAACUAUCCCAAUCAGAAACCAGCACAGCCUCAAGCGGCCUGCUGUCCAGGGAAUCUGAGCAAUCACAACAACUGGGAAGUCGACGGCGUCUUUGCGGGCUGGACUGCCAGCAACGUUGUAGCCACCUCGGCGCAGAUCGCGGACCUGGCGUGGGAGAUUUGGGGUCCCCCAAGUAGCGUGGCUCCCAAGGAGUUGACUGACCAAAUGAUCCCGCAGCGAAUGCACAUCUACGGGCUUGGCGCUUUCAACGUUGGCCUCUUCGCAGCGGGGCAGACUGGAAAGCUAGGUGUUGCUUACGGGCAUCUAGGUGCCACCUAUGGAUAUCAGAGCAUCGUCGGGUUCUUUCCGGAGCUUAACAUCUCCCUGGCUUUGGCCACAAACAUUGAGACUGACAAGCAGGUUCAAACUCCCGACACGAUGUGCUUCUCCUACAACGCUGUGGCAGGCUUGUUGCUAAACAAGACCUUCCACUGCACCUUCAAGACGAUGGGCUACUACGGCGGCCAGUGCAAGUGCACGGAACAGCUUGAGCUGAUCGUUUGA